UCAGACAUCUUCCUCUGAGAAGCUGCAGCAAUGAAGGCCCUACCGCUCACUCUCCUCUUCCUACUCAUUGCAGCCAAUGAAGCCAAAGUAUACACCAAAUGUGAACUGCUUUCAAUUCUGAGAGGAAAAGGCAUGGAUGGAUAUCAAGGCUACAGCGUGGCCAACUGGAUCUGUAUGGCUUAUCAUGAGAGCAGAUACAACAGCCGAGCUGUGGGGCCACCAAACUCAGAUGGCAGUCGCGACUAUGGGAUUUUCCAGAUAAACAGCCGCUAUUGGUGCAACAAUAACCAGGGCCCUACAGCUAAUGGCUGUAAUAAGCCUUGCAGUGCUUUCACAAAUGAUGACAUCACAGAUGAUAUUGAGUGUGCUAAGAGAAUUGUCCGUGAUCCCCAAAAGAUGGAUGCCUGGGUUGCCUGGAGGAACCACUGCAAAGGAAGAGAUCUGUCACAAUGGACUCGUGGCUGCUAGCUCUUAGAUGGAUGAUCCUGCAUUUCUCUUCUGCAUUUCUCUUCCUCCUCCUGUGAGGGAAAUGAUACUACUUCUUAUACUGUAUAACCAAGCUUUCACAAUUCGAUUCGAUGUGUGUACCCCACAAGUUGGGAAAAACAAGUUUCUUUGCAUACAAAUGAUGAUUUUAAAUCUCUUUUAAACUCUUCAAAUAUUGCUUGAAAAUUCUCAAUAAAAUGAGUAUUGUGCAUUA